AUGGAAGGGAAUACGAUCCUCUCCCUGUGCUUCCCCUCCGCACAGGCUGGCGGACCCGUGGACGAUGCGAUGACUAGGACAUUCCAGCUCCUCUGCGAAGACAUCACCCAGCAAAACCACUGCCAGGCCAACCUCGACGUCCAUGCCAGCAACGACAACACCUUUGGAACAAACUCACAUCAAUCCUUGGCCGGCGAGAGACUCUCCUCAUUUGAUACCCGCUGCCCAUCCGUGGUGGUCUACAAUGUCACGUUGUCUGGAGCCUAUUCUGAUGUGAUGCAUGCUCGAGGAGCACUCAUGCGCAACAGCCCUCUGAAGCCACGUCUGUCGAUCCCUGUCAGCAAGGCCCUGAUCACCUCACCAGUACCUCCAGCCGACCAGACGCAACACAGUCGAGAACAGGACAAAGCCAAGGAUCAAGACCAGAGCAGCCGCAAGGAGCACAAUGGACCCUUGACUACAACCACUACCACCUCUGCCACAGGAACAGAUACAACCACUGCUCAAUUAUCAUCACAGGCAUCUUCUGAUCCCGCCUCGGCGCCAGCAGAAUACUCAAACGACGGUCCUUCAGAUCUCAAUACCCGGAACACUCACUCUCUUCCACCCUUCACCUCGCACUCCAACGGUUCCCACGCAUCGCUCGACGCCAGAACGCUGACAGAGGGAUCUGCUACAGCGCCAACCGCAUUCGCACCCACAUUUACUGUCCUGCCUCAGUUCAAGGUAGCUGUGGACAAGAUCUCAGCAUCAACCAGGACAUCCAUCGCCUUGUUGUCCAGCCCGAUUCACCCGCCCACGGCACCUGGAAAGGCGGUCGCUGCUUUCUCCAGACAGGAAAUGGUCGAGUUGGUCGUGACAGGAACAUGGGAGAAUGCCGAGGCUGCUCGUGCGUUGUUGCUUGUGGCCAUUGACACAUUGGAGCCUGGUAUUAUUUCGGAUAGCCUGACAGUUGAGCUGAAGUAUCAAAACAUGAUUGGCGGCAGGAAGCGACAGGCACUUCAGGAUCUUAUGGCGAGCACACGGACCAACAUUUACCUGACGUCGCCCUUUGUCCAGACUUCCAACAAGAGUGGCAGCCCUGUCGACCCUCGGUACAACGAUAUCCACAUCACGGGCGAGGCGAAACAAGUUGCCAAGGCCAAGACAGUCCUCCAUAAUGCUUGUCUCCGAGCGCAGACGGAGUCAAUGUCUUGCACUCGCACUGUCAACAUUGCCGCACGCAAGCUGGACUGGAUGCUGCUCAACCACCGAGAGAAGCUUCGCGCAAUCAUGACCGACAACGCAUCUUUCAUUGCUUUUCCUCCUCUGGGCGGCACUUACCCCACCAUCUUUGUAUAUGGCCAGUCGAGCGUGAAUGUGGAGAGAACUAUCCGUACGGUGAUGCAGUUGUCGUGUCAUUUCCACUCUGGCUCAAUUCUCAUGCGGGAUAUCCCCCAUUCGAUGCACACGUUACAGUCGCCUGCAGCGCUUGCCGGAAUCUGCAAGGUCGUUUCCCAGUCUUCAGGAGCCGAGAUUGAAUACCGCGCCAACGGCUUUCAGAUGUGUGGCAGUGAGGUCCAGGCUAGGAAGGCGAUGAUGUGUUUGACGAGAGCCGAGAUUGUCAAGGCGCUUCCGUCGGAAUUCAAGUUUUCGGUCGAGCUGGCGAACGAGCACCGCGAGUUUAUCUCUGGCAAGAAGAACGGCAAGAUCAACAGAAUCAUGAAGACGACAGGCGCCAAAAUCAAGUUUGACCAGUGCAACGAGUACAACUUUUAUGUCGACCUGAGCUCAAGCAUCGCUGCCAAGGCGAUGGAGGCGCUCGAGUUGCUUCAGGAGGAGCUGCCUGCAGAGAUUUCGUUCUUUGUCCCAGAAACAUACCACAAGCGGAUCAUUGGCGUUGGGGGCAAAAACAUUCAACGGAUCAUGAAGAAGUUUGGAGUGUACGUCAAGUUUUCGAACGCUGAGGAGUUUGCAAAACUGGGCGGCUAUUACGACAAUUUGGACAAUGUGGUGGCGCGUACUCCUUCCAAGAACGCUGUGAACUUGGAUUUCCUCAAGCAGGCUGUCAUGGAACUCGUGAGCCCAAAGGACAAGGACUUUAUCUACCAGCAUUUGGAUAUCCCCAAGCAUCAACACCUCAACCUGCUUUCGGAUCAUGCGAUUACUCUGAGGGAGAUUCACGAGGCUACCAACGCCACCAUCUUCUUCCCUGCAAGAGAGCUUGGACGCGAUACGGCUUCGAUCUAUGGACCCGACUCACUCAUGCAACAGGCGGUGGCUAUGCUUUUGUCUGUGGUCGAGGAGCAGUACGUCUUCCCGGUGCCAUAUUCCGAGUCCAUGGCUAACGCCCUGGCACUGUCAGAGUUCCAGAAGGAUGUUGUCGAUGUCAUCAAGCAGGAUUGGAAUAUCACCCUCAUGUCGCCUCCCAUCAACACCAAACUCGCUAGUCUGGAUACGGCAACGACUCAAGAUUCUAACGGCACAGAUGACAACGCCGCGUCCAAGUCUGAGGAGAAGAAGGAGUGCGAGGACAGGGCCGCAGAGACCCGCCCAGAUCAUAUUUUCGUCUUUGAGUACACAAGGAACAACGAGGAGCGCCUUCCAAAAGCCAAAGAGAGAUUGACACGAUACUUGAUUAGCCAUCACGUCCUUGUCGACGAGGACGAGCUUCUUAUCCCAGGACUUCGACCAGACUCUUUUGCCGAGACUUUGGCCCAGUUCCCGAACAGGCGACCAACCUCUCUUGGUCUUGGUGGUAAGUUGUAA